AUGAGCGCACCAUCUCCUGGACCGGACGCUGAAGCUCAACCAGAGUCAGCACCGCAACAUCUCCACGGACAUGAAUCGCAGAACCCUCCAAUGGAGGCGCCAGCAGCAGAUUCCAAGCCCCCCGAAGCACCCAAAGAAGACGACGGUCGAGAAGAGUUCAUUCGGAACUUGGGCACGUGGAUCCCGGACAAUCGACGAACGUCACUUCCCAAGAACCCAAAAGCAAAUUCCAAUGGGAUACGGAACCGCGAAACGUACAGCUCUUUUGGCGACAGCGGCACAACGGCAAGCGUUAGCGCGCAUGGUCAUCUAUUGCAGAUUUGCCGAUACUUUGGCGUUGGCCGGUCUGGCUUCUUCUGUGUUGACCAGCGUGACAUCUCAACUCCAUGGUACUCGAGUUCCCGCCUACGAGAUCUUCUAGCAAAAGCGCAAGAUAGUGCUGUCGCUUUUGGAAUAGAUUGGAAAGGUGCUUUCGGAGACAAAUGGGACUUUCAUAAAGCCCUUCCUCAUCUGGAAUUUGUUGACGACCGAUGGCCACGCUUCACCAGCUUCACGUGCGAUGCACCUGACACAUCCUGCCAAGCUAUCAAUCAAAAAGAAACAGCAUCCGGAAAGCAGUCCUCAAUUCAUGGCUUAUCGAGGGAUUUCUCUCUCUCGGUCCAAUACUUCUGUUCUGAUGGAACAAUCUUUCAAAGAAGUACGUUGAAACGAGAGAACAAGACAGAUGAAGAUUUGGACCUCACUUGCUUGGAGUUGGAGACAGGCCUUCUUAUUCGAAACCUCGAUUUUACGGAACGCUUGCGCUUCAACGACAAGUCCGCAUUUUUCCAUCGUUCCAACCAAUUCCGAAUCGAGAAUGAUAGUCUCACAGUCUCUCGAAAAAUUCCGAAAAAUAGGUUUGAGGAAAUGGGCAUUAAAAGCGCUGAUAAACACAAGGACGUUGUCCUAACCAUCAAAGCUUACGUGAAUGGGAAGUUUCAAGCAUUCUGUUUGGAUAAGGAUGGCCAGGCUCCCACCAUCAGCUUCAGUGAAGCGAUCCAAGCUCAAGUCAAAAAAUUCGGGGUGCUAGAUGUGCUUCUAACCUACAGCCUACGGCUCAAGAAAAUAAAUGAAAACAAGUCGGCUGACUGGGACGCAAUGGCGAAAAUGUGUCAGGAUGAAUCUUAUGAAAAAAUAAUCUUUUCAAGCCACGAGCAUUUGGACUUCCUCAUUCGGCGCAACCUGGAGCACAUUUUAUCUGUUUGUAGUAUCCCCGUGGCUUCACCAACACCAGAAUCCGGCGACUGCAAGCACGAGGACUCGCCAAUUGCUUUGACGUGUGGAGACAUCUCUGGCCAUCGCGUUGGUACAUCAGCAAGUUUUUAUGCCAUACAAUUCUUGCAGUCGAUGAUUGAGCAUCUCAAGAGCAUGCAGACCCUUUAUGCCAAGCACUUGAAAAACAGAAUCAUAAACACUUACAAGCGCCAUUUGAAGUGGGUAUCUGAGUCAACGGAUCCUGGACCUGAGGGGGAACAACUGGCAUUCUCUGCACACUACUGGGCCAACGGAAAACGAAUCGAAGACACAUCUUACCUGCCCGAGCCAUCCCUCGUCGACACUCCUUUGCAGGUGCUCAAAUUCUACGGCCUCAGUUACUCGUCGGAACAUGCAAGGACGCGACUGUGGAACAGAAUCGUGGCAUGGCUCCAAGACUUAGACCAGAAGGAUGAACGGAAGAAGUAUGCAUUCGCACGGAUGACUUCGACAGAAAAGGAGAAGUUCCAUUUGGUGGAUCACGUUCGAAUAUGGCAAGCAUUGUCGCGGAUAGACAGUCUCGGUUUCGACGACAACAAGGUCAACAUGAUUAAGGGGCGGUUCGACGAGGGUACUGUUCGAAAGAGGAUCCUGAAACGUUUCAUUACGGAGAAUCCGAUGUCAAACCGACGCAUGAUCGCAACAUCUCGCACAAGGUCAGAGACACGAUUUCUUCUCCAUUCCAAGGACACCGCUCUUUUCUACGCCAUUGAUUCCGGGAUAUUCUACAGAAAGGAGAAAAAUCCCGACGAAAAGAAUGAUGGCUGGAAAGGUAUCAUGGACGAAUGGAGGAACACGAUUGAGUGUCAGGUCGAACACCAAGAAACACAGGCACUGGAAUGGAGAAAGCCUCUUUGGUACGCCAUGUCGGUCAUUCUCGCGUCAAAAAAACGGCAGAUCAACAAAACAUUGUCAGCAGGACAGCUCUUCGGUACUGCAACCGAGAAUCUGUUUGACAUGUCUUCACCAAGCGGUCUGUUCCCUGGCUUCUUGACAGAGAGCAAGGAACCCAUGCACUUCCGAAACGAGACUUAUCGGGACACCUACUGGCAAACCACCUUCGAGAUCCCCUACAUCCUUUGGAAGUAUGGCAAGACUCGUCUUGAAGCAGCUGGCGACCGGCCGUUGGGCAACGAGGCAAAGAGCACAGGGGUCAACCCUUCCUCCAUCACAAGCGGAUUCAUGGCGAAGAAGCUUCAAUUUGCCAACAUGAACAAGCUCGUUGACCCAAAGGGACUUGUCGAGAUAUCGGAUGAUUGGCUUCAACCAGGACCAGAGGCUCUGGAGUUUAGGCCACAGUCGGAGUGUCGAAACGGUAUGAGUCGUGAUGAAUACGGUGCCUUCAUCCGCAAACUCGACGACUUUCCAACCAGUGCAGACAUUGUGGCGUACGCUGCCUGGGAAUCGUAUCACGGAAAAAAAAGGGGGAAAGCGAACUCGUUCACAGAUGCUACAGGAGAGAAGGCUCUUGUCGCAGAUGUUCCUCAGGGAAAUGAGGAAUCGAAAAGGGAAAGAUUGAAAAAACCCUUGCUCUGUAACGAGAAGCUUCUUAAACUCCUCGAACAGCCACGAGACGUUCUAUCGUCCAAAAAACGUUUGAUUUGGUUGCCUGAGGCUGACAAAGAGACGGCAUUGAUUUGCUGCCUUGCGUCUCCCACCGCUGAGCGGAACGACUUAUCAGAAUUCUUCGACCGACAUGCACUCUACGACAAGUACUUUUCCGAUGAAACGUCAGCAGCAUUGAAUGAAUGGAAGACUGAGUUGCAUCUCUCAUUCUAUCGGCUCGCUGAGUUCACCAAACUAGCGGAUUUCCGUCAGAAAGAAGGCAUCCCGAAGUUCAGCUAUGUCGUUCCUCGACCUCCGAAAUCUCAACAGGGUCCAGCGGGUGUGACUGGUAUUGUUCGCGCGACGAUGGGCUUCAGAUUCGUGGGUGACUUCUUUGAUCGGUACUGGACCUGUCACUUCCUGGAAUACGCACCGGGGAAUCCUUCUUCGAAACCCAAUUCGAAUGACAACUUCGGCAGAAGCAAGCGACAACCGACUCAAACACAAGGCCAUACCGCUGAUAGCCGCUCUCAACCGGAUCCAGACACAGAGCAGAACACUGCUUCUAGUUCAACUUUGCAGACCGGGGCCUCGAAACUUGAAGAGCGCAUGUCAUCUCUGAGGAUAACCGCCAUCAAGGAUACUCCAACUGGGAAAGAGAAACAUCCAUGGCAACGGCGAAAGGUGCUCGAGCUUCUUUUGCUCGACAUGAUUCUGGAUGAGAUCAAGACGGAGACGGAGAAGAUAUUCGUCUGGGCUCGGGACAGCGUUCUUAGAAGUCCAGGUGACGGUGAAGGAGAUGAGUCUCCAUACUCGGGAGAGAACGCUCGAAAGAGUGUACUUGGGAAAUUCGAGCAUGGAGACAAUCGUUAUUCUUACGAAAUGGCCGUCUCCGAUCUGUCGAAUCCUCUUUCCGAGGCUCUCGACAGCACUUACCAGUUUCUCAAACUAAGCGAAAGUGAAAGUUACUUCAACCUUAUCAGUCGAUGGAGGUUGUUUGAGAAUAUCCUCGAGACGCUGGGAGAUGAUCUUGACGGAAAUCUGGACAGAAUCAGUGAGUGGAGCAACCGCGAGGUGGACCGGGAGCCAGAGAGCCCAAGGUGGACGAGAAACGACGAGCGAAAUUUCCGAAACACAAUCCAUAAGGUCCGAUUUCAAAACCAGAGGAAGGUCCGGGAUCUGGAGAGACUGAAGGUCAAAAUCAAAGCAUUUCGGGAUUCGUUAACCGGACGCUUGGGCUCUAUUCGGGACGAUAAGAGCUUCAGGGGCUCAGAGAACAUGUCACUGUUCACCUAUGUGACUGUCGUCUUUCUGCCUCUUGGCUUUGCCACAGGUAUCUUCAGCAUGAGCGGCGCUCCAGAGAGGCUUACCCUUGGCUUUAUGGUAGCAACGGCCAUCAUCUCGUUACUAAUCACCGUAUUCGCCUUGGCAAAUGCCGAACUCCUGGACGACACUAUCGUAGAGCCGCUGACCAAGCUGCUCAGCAGCUCAUGGACCGAAGGCACAAUUCCUCUUCAGAUUCACCGCGAAACAUGGAAGAUCAACCUGCCAGAAACGAGUAAAUUUUACGGCCCACUGGUCGGGUUCGAUGAAUGA